AUAUGAGUGCUUUGGUCUCACUAUGUUUGUAUUAUCACAUUACAAUUCUGUUUUGGUUAGCAAAAGUAGAAACAGAGUGAUGUCAGGUCUUAGCAAUGGCGACGCUGCCUCCGUCAAGAAGCUCCCGUCGGUCAAGUUCACCAAGCUUUUUAUCAACGGAGAGUUUGUAGACUCGGUCUCAGGAAAGACAUUCGAGAGCAUAGAUCCAAGAACUGGAGAGGUUAUAGCAANUAUCAGCGAAGGAGAUAAAGAAGACAUAGACAUUGCUGUUAAAGCAGCACGUCACGCCUUUGACUUUGGUCCUUGGCCUCGCAUGUCUGGCGCUGAUAGAGCUAAAAUACUGAUGAAAUGGGCGCAACUAAUUGAUGAACAUGCAGAAGAACUUGCAACAUUGGAUGUCAUUGAUGCAGGAAAGUUGUAUCACAUGUGUAAGAAUUUGGAAGUUCCAUCGUCUGCAAACACUCUACGUUACUAUGCAGGUGCUGCCGACAAGAUUCGUGGAGAGGUCUUGAAAAGCUCUGGAAAGUUCCAUGCGUACACAUUUUUUGAUCCUAAAGUCCAACAGGGACCACAGGUUGACAAGAAACAGUUUGAGAAGAUUCUUUCAUAUAUUGAGCAUGGAAAGAGAGAAGGAGCGACCCUUUUAACCGGUGGUAAAACAUUGGGCAAUAAGGGCUACUUCAUUGAGCCAACAAUUUUCUCCGAUAUAAAGGACGAUAUGCUCAUAGCACAAGAUGAAAUAUUUGGCCCUGUGAUGGCGUUGAAGAAGUUUAAGAGCAUUGAAGAAGCAAUUAAAAGUGCGAAUAAUAGUAAGUAUGGCUUAGCAGCAGGCAUAGUGACAAAGAAUUUGGAUACAGCAAAUACUGUGUCAAGGUCGAUUCGUGCAGGUACCAUUUGGAUCAAUUGCUACUUUGCCAUUGGUGAUGAUGUUCCCUUUGGAGGGUACAAGAUGAGUGGAUUUGGAAAAGAACAUGGCUUGGAAGCCCUUCACAAAUACAUGCAAGUUAAAUCUGUUGUAACUCCUCUUUACAAUUCUCCUUGGCUUUGAAUUUAUCUAUCACUUCGAUUAUCAAUUUCCACUUCUCAUAUGUCAUGGAAAUUCAGGUUUUCAACAAUGUUAUUGUCAAUUCCUUCUGUUUUUCGAUUAAUGCAAGAAAAU